AAUCAGUGCUACAAACGGAAUAAUAUUUUCCUUAAUAAUUUCAAAUUUUCAAAAUGUAAUACUCGCUUUAUAUUCAGUCCAGCCCCUCCGCAAAAAUAACGAGAAUGGAUACAGCUUGUAUUGUCCUUGGUUCCUUUCUCCUGAUCCAAAUGGCCCUCAUACUAGUUACGCUAAAUCCGGUUUACGACGUGCGCAAAAUAGCAACAUAUCUGAACGACAUUGCGAAAUCCCACAGAACUUUGUACUUCUUCACACUUGCAAUAUAUUUUACGUUCGUUAUAUAUCUCGGUAUGUAUACCCCUCUGCGGAAUAUCUCAGAACUUAUAUCCGACAAGAUUAUAAGCGACUACGACAAGUUAGUUACAUUGCGAAGAAUUGAGAAAAACUACGUAAUCGCCGGAUUUUCGCUUUUCCUGUUUGUGGUGCAAUACGGCGUUAAAUUCUUAGUAUCAUUCACCGCCAGUCUGUUAGAUAAUCUAACAUCGAACGACCCAUUGUGUUCCACGAGUGCAAAGAAAGGAUCCUUAUUCACAGAAAAUAUUUUACCAAAUCUGCUACGAGUAAAGAGGUCAGUUUCUUACGAGAAUAUUCUGUUCUCGAAUGAACUCCGUGAACAGUUGAAGGGGAUGUUGUUAAAGAAUGCCGACGAUUUGCAUAAUACUUACUUCCCACAUAACUUUGAAAAUAACAAUAUGAGUAUAUAGUAAAGGUAACUUCCCAUUUCAAAAGAACUUGCCUGUUGAAGAUGAUGAUCAAGUUAUAAAGAUGUAGGAUCAAGUAAAACAUUUGAUUUGCACAUGAAUAUUGAGGAAUUUAUUGGAACUAGAACAAAACUGCAAAAUGUUGCAAAUACCAAGCUGUAAAACAAUAUAACAUGAUGGAAAUAUGAAGUGAACCGUAAAUUAUUAGUAAAACGUCACAUUUAAAGGGUUAAGAAAUUCUAUAAAGUUAAUUUACCAGAUCAUCACUACGAAAUAACAGGAUUUCAAGAAACGACAUAGAGUAGCGUGAAUACAAUUUUAUACAUAACCAAAUACAAAUUUGAAGUUGA